AAAGAAACACGGAGGAGGAGGGGGAGGAGGAGGAGGGAGGUUUAUAAGCUGGACAGGAAGGUUCAUCGUCAGUCUUAAAGUUCAGACUGAGAAACAACACAUUCCGUGUUUUUUAAGAGUCGGACAAGUAAAAAUGGAGAAGGCUCUGGAGGAAGUGGUGUCCAUGGUGAAGCAUCACCCAGCUGGGAUCCCCCUGAAGAAGCUGGCCGUGGUCUACAGUCAAACGUAUCACAAAAACCUGACGCUGUCCUCGCUGGGCUUCGACUCCAUCAGCGAGCUGGUCUCAUGUCUGCACAAGCACCUGAUCUUGGACGGGGAGCUGGUUAUUCACAAGGACAAGUGGCGUAAAAGACGGAACAAAGCUCGAGCUGGAACUGGAGCAGGGGCAGGUGCUGGACCUUCAGAAAAAGCCACAGAGGAGUCUGAGAGGACGGAGCAGGUUCUGGAGAAUAUUGUGACCAUGAUGAUAGAACAGCCAGCAGGAGUUCCUCUGAAGAAGGUGGCCAUUGUCUACAGUCAGAUGUACAGACACAACUUGUCCUUGUCCUCUCUGGGCUUUACAUCCAUGUCCUGUCUGCUGGAGGCUCUGAGUGGAGACCUGGUGCUUAUAGGGGAAGAAGUCUUCCAUAAGAUUCACCAGCCUCAGAGUCAGCCUGUAGACCUGAAAACCUCCAAACCAUCAGCUGACAGCAGGCCUCAGACUCCACAUAGCUCUGAUCCCCUCGUCUCCUCCCCCUGUGUGAGCGUGUCACAGGUGGAUGUCAGAUCUCCCUCUGUACCUCCAACACUAACAGGACUCAGCUUCAUGGGUCCCUCUUUGAUUUCCAUGUCUCCUUUACUCUCCUCCCAGAAUCCUGGGACCUUACGUCAGGACCAGCUCUACGACAGGGUCAUGCAGGUGAUGAAGAAGUAUCAGCUGAUUGUUCCGUCCAUGGAACAGCUGCAGAAGUGUUACCUCCAGAUGUUUGGUGAAAAUCUCCCUCUCACUCAGUACAUAUCUCUGUACGACAGCUGGGAGGCUUCCUGUCCUGAAACCCCGCCCCUCCAGCCAACACCCGAUCCACAGACCAAAGGUGUCUGGAACACAUCUGCAGUUCCUUCCACAGCAGCAGCAGCUCAGCCUCUCCUGAAGCAGCCUGAUAAAGACCCUCAGCCGCUCCCCGUGUCCAGCUCCCUGUCCUCCUCUGACUUCCCGGCGCUCAGCAAAGAUGUGACCAAAGAGAAGAAGAGUAAAGUCAGAGAAACGGCCCAGAGAGAGGGCUGUGCCCCCUUCUUUGGAGACGCGUAUCAUGCUCAGCUGAGGGAGAUGCUUGGAGGUAACAUGCGGGCGGUGGAGGCUUUGGAAGAGGAUGAGGAAGAGGUCAGAGGGUGGAGGAGGAAGAAAGUCCUGGAUCAGGAUUCAGUCAACAGUCUGAUGGAGGAAGUGAUCCGAGAAAUCGCUGCAGAGGGAGAGCUGGUCACCAGAGAAAAGGUGAUAUCGAGGGUGUGCCAGCUGCUGCAGAUUCCCUCUUUAGAAGCAGGAAGAAUAAUUCCAUGGAAGAUCCCGGCUCUCAAAGACCUUCAGUACUUAAUGAGAGAGCUCAACAUGUUCAUCGAGUGUACGGAGGCAGUGACGUCCAUCUGCACCCUGUACGAGCUGGGACAGUCUCUGGCCGGCCUGAAGGACAAGAAGCACUACGAGGAGCUGAACCUAGGGCCUCUCUGCAAGCUUCCGAUCGUCCACCGCAUGUUCAAGAUCGACAGCAACACCAAGGACGACGACAUCCGCCAGAUCCAGACAUCCGACAUCCUGAAGCAACUUCGUGUUUUUAGACGUCAGGUGAACAAACCCAAAGUGGACCUGGCUGAAUUCAUGAAGCACCUGGCCGAUCAUUACAGCUGUGACUCUCCAUACGAACUGGGCAUCAGGAUACACAGCGUGGGGCUGCCUAUAUCAACCUUGACGAAGGUGAGUCGUGCUGAGCACCUGAUCCUGGAGCAGGCCCGGGAGCUGAUCCAGAGGGAGCUGGGGGAAGAGGCCGAGGAUCGGCUGAGGAAGAUGAAGAGGAGCGUGAGCGAUGUGUUGCAGGGAGCGGCUUCUUCCUUCUCCUCCACAGGAAACCACGAACUCAGGAAAAGAUACGCCUCCAUGACGGCGGCCGAGGUGGUGCUGGCUGUCUUCUCUAACGCUGAGGGGGUGUUCAGUCCCAAGAUGGCUAAGCACGUGCAGAGCUUCCUGCUGCAGGUGUCAGGUAACCACCUGGCCACGGCUCUGUUUCAGCUCUCCAUCUGUGGAGGCUCGCUAGCCGUCCCUCAGGACCUGGUGCCUAAAGACAAAACAUCUAAAAACUCGGAGCCCUCGAAACCAGAGGACAACCUCACAGUGUCCCUCCCCAGUGAAGGUAAAGUGAAGCAGAUCCUUAAAGACAGCCUGUCCUCUCAGAGCUCAGCCGUCACUCUGGCACACAUCGCUGCUCUGGAGAGAAAGCUGACCAAACACUUCCAGGUCAAAGACUUCCUCUCUUUGAAGCAGGGAAACUUCCUGGAGUUCCUGGUUAAACACGUCCAGCUGCUGCAGGACUGUAUGGGCUCCACUCUGAUUCUGAGCAGCAGCAGCAUGGAGCUGUCGGGCAGCGGCUUCAGACCAUCGAGACAAGACGUGUUCGAGUUCAUCAACCAGUGUGGAGACAUCACCUCCACAGAUCCAGAGGAGCUCUUCCACAUUGAGUCCGCUCUGAGGGCCCACUUCAGGCUGCGGGACAGUCGGGACCUGGGCUUUGGGACUCUGCAGAUGCUGGUCGGUCUGGUGCAACACCAGAGGUCUCUGGCGGGAGGAGGACUGAGCCCCGUCCACUACGAGUCCGCCCUGUUCGCCCGCAAACCGAGUGCUGAAUCUGGAAUUGUGGCGGUGGGAUGUCUGGGUGAGGUGUCCAAGGAGCAGGCGCUGUCCAGCCUGCUGUGCUGCCCCCUGCUGGAGGAUUUAAGUGAGUGGAGUCAGUGGGAGCUGGUGUUCAAAGUGCAUCACGGCCCCCUAAAAGAUUUCAUCGAGAGAAACGCAGGGAACACAGGUUUGUCAGCGCUGGAGGUGACGCCUGGUCAGCUGUUCAGGAUCACCUCACACACAGGAGACAAACACUUCUCAGCUGCCGUGACCAUGCUUGACCCCGUGGGAACAGCAGGACACCUGGUUUCCAUGGUGAUCGCUGAUGGGGUCGCCAACACUCCCACCGCCCUCCUGGCCAAUCACGUGCAGCGCUCACUGGACGCAGCCGUCGCUCGAGAAGGAAUGUCUCAGGAUGAAGAGGACGUGUCGUGUUACAGCACAGUGGCUAAAUUCCUCCUGGAGUGUUUUAUAAGAAUCCCGUCCAGAAUCAGCCAGGCUGUCCUGAACAAGGUGUUCCUGGAGCCGUUCUCUGGCGUCCUGGGUCAGACCAAGUCCAAACAAGUCCUGAUCACCAUGGCCCAGUCUGACCCGAGACACCUGAACUGUCUGCACCGGCUGGGGAUCCUGCUGGGCGUCAUCGAGUGGAGCAAAGACUUCCAGAAGAAACUGAACGCACGGCAGAACCCCAGAGACGCACAGCCAGCUGCUGAGGAACGCAGCAAGUCUAAUCUGAUGGAUUCUGAGAGCAGCAGUCUGUCGGCUCUGAACACAAGUGAAGACGAGUUUGCGGAGGACAACAUGAUGGAUGGCAGCUUCGUCUCCUCCAGUCUCAACCAGACUCUCCAACCAGUGAACAGCAAGCAUGACGAUGAGGAGGAAGAGGAGGAGGAGGGAGAUGAUGAAGAGGAGCUGUAUGAGCUGGCCUCUCUGCCUAACGGAGAAGCAUCAGCUGUCAGCAGUGAAGCCGAAGGAGUUCAGGACGAGGAUGAGGAGAAGUCCAAAAUAUCUGAUUCUGUUGAGCAGGAAUCAUCCGUCAGCCAAUCAGAGAGCGUGUUAGACCUCCACAGAGCAGUCAUCGAGGACAUCAGAAAGAGUAAGUUCGGGAUCGGCGUGGAGCUGAACGCUGAAGGUCAGAGGCUGAUACAGGGCCAUCAGGAGCUUCUGGGCCGCAGCUUGGACCGCCUCUCCACUGAACUCUACAGCAAAGACACACACUUUGUCCUGGAGCUCAUUCAGAAUGCCGAUGACAACAGUUACCCGUCAGAGGACGGCUUGGUUCCUUCUCUGGCCUUCGUGGUGGAGAGAGACUGCAUCACCAUCCUCAACAACGAGAGCGGCUUCCAGGAGACUAACAUCCGAGCCAUCUGUGACGUGGGCAACAGCACCAAGGGCAAGCACAAGUAUGGAUACAUAGGACAAAAAGGAAUUGGCUUCAAGUCCGUGUUUAAAGUCACAGACUGUCCUGAGAUUCACUCUAACGGCUUCCAUCUGCACUUUGACAAGACCUGCGGCCCCAUGGGAUACAUCCUCCCUCACUGGGGCGAAGACGAGAGGACGCUGGACAUUGAACUGAAGGAGCUGAACCUGCACAGCUGGACCACAAAGAUCUGCCUCCCUCUGCGCUCUGACAACCAUCAGACCAGAAACCUGUUCCAUGACGUGCACCCCUCCCUGUUGCUCUUUCUGCAUCGUCUGCGCUCCAUCACCAUCUACAACCAGAGCGAGAAGCGUCUGGUGAUGAUGACUCGGAAAGACCUGAGUCACAACGUGCUGGAGGUGGAGCACACGGAGGGCAUCGAGCGCUGGCUGGUGGUCAAAACUACGGUCCAGCCCAAGAAGCUUCAGCUUCAGAUCAAAGAGAACGUUGAAUCCACAGAGCUCGCCCUCGCCUUCCAGCUUAACAGCGACAUCACAGGAAGUGACAUCAUAUUCCAGCCACAGAAACAACCUGUUUUCGCUUACCUGCCACUGCGCAGCUUCGGCUUCCGCUUCAUCAUCCAAGGUGACUUUGACAUCCCGUCUUCACGAGAGGACGUAGACAGAGACAGCUCCUGGAACCAGUGGCUUCGAUCUGAGAUACCAGAACUCUUCCUGCAGGCCAUGGACGUCUUCACUAAUCAUCCAGAGUUCAGGGGGCUGAGGGGUCUCUGUCAGUUCCUGCAGUUCAUCCCCCUCCCUGAUGAGGUGUUGGACUUCUUCAAGCCUGUUGCCGGGAAGAUUAUUCAGCUGCUGAAGGGCAAACCCUUCCUGCCCACACUCAGCUCAGGCGAUCAGGUGGUGUACAAGCUGCCGUCUCAGGUGGCCGUCUGUCAGGACGCUGUGAUCCGCGACGUCAUUGGAGGAGAGGAGCUCGAGCGUCAUCUGUCCCUGUCUUACCUCCAUCCUGAUCUGAGCAAGGCCGCGCCCACCUCCCUGCUCACCCACCUGGGAGUCAGAUACCUGCGGGGAUCUGAUGUUACCACGGUAACCACAGCCAUGGCCAAGGAGCAGAUGAGGGUGGAAGGCAUCCAUUCAGAGGGCGGUCUGCGUCAGUUGGCCCGCCUGCUGGUUUGUAACUUCCGCGCUCUGGAGCACGGCUACGGAGAGGCGGACUCAAUCCUGCAGACCCUCAGAGAUUUACCUUUAAUCCCCUUGGCCGACGGACGUGUGGUGGCCCUGAACGGGGAGGGGGUCUUCUUCCCGAUGGAGGAAACCAAGAAGAAGAAGAAAUCUCAGGCUGACUCAGGUCCUCUGUCUGCGCUGUAUAAAGACGUCAGUGUGGUUCACCCGUCUCUGCUCAGCUGUGUGGAUCCUCUGCAGAGUCAGCAGGUCCAGGAGCUGCUCAGGAGACUCGGAGUCCACGACCUGGAGCCUCAACAGCUGCUGCAGCAACACAUCUACCCCACCUUACAGAGCAACAGAUGGAAGUCGAAGCCCCCUGAAGUGGUGGUCAGUUACCUGGUCUUCAUCAAGCAGCACUCGUCCUCGAGUCAGGACUACGCAGAAACUGCAAUACCCGUCCUCACCAACAGGGGGCUGCAGUGCCCAGCUGACGAGAGGGUGCACUUCUCUGAAGAGUACGGAAACAUCAACCUGCCUGAGACACUGCCUGGUUGUGAUUGGCUGCUGCUGAGUCCCUGCUACGUGCAGACAGACGGAGACGUGGCGGGAUGGAGGGAGCUGUUCAGCAGGCUGGGAGUCAGAGACGGACUCAUCAUCCGCAAACAGACAAGGACGCUCAGCGCUCAAGAGCUGGCCUGCAGUCCCUGGGCAGCAGAAAGUUCUGGAUGGUUCCUGGCUCCAGGAAAGGAGCGUGUGAUCGAUGAUUAUCCCUGUGAGGAGUUCCAGGCUCUGGCCACGGCUCAGCUCACUGACUCCCUCCUCCUGCAGCAGAGAACGGCCCUGCUGCAGCUGCUGGCCAACAACUGGGACACUGGACAUCGUUACUCUCAGUACCUCACAGCUCAUGUCAUCGACCAGGAUGGACGUGGGAUCAAAAACACCCGCUCCUCCUUCCACCACCUCCUGUGUUCUCUCCAGUGGGUUCCGGCCUAUCAGCCGCUGGAGGGUGAUCGGAGAGAGAGGAAGUACCUGCGUCCAAACUCGGUGUACCUGACCUCAACUGAGAUCAGCAACCUGCUGGGGACUCACGUCUGCUACGUGGACCUGGAGCCCAGCGAGUUCAGCAGAGCUCUGGGAAUGAGACAAAGCAUCUCAGUGGACGCUCUGAUAAAUUACCUGAAGGAGUGGUGUGUCAGACUGCAGGAGGAGGACGAGGAGGAGCAGGGAGCAGCUGAUGAAGAGUUUGAGGGGCGGAGCUUCACUUCCACUGUUCAGCACAUCCAUAACGUGUACACGUACCUGAGCCUGAACUGUCCUCCAAACAGCCUGAAGGAUCUGUUCCAGCACACACCUGCUGUCUUCAUAGAGUACAACAGGAGAAACGACUGGUGUUCUGGACGUUUCUACCACCUGAAGGAGGUGUGCUGGAGCGACCCCACCAACAUGUUUGUGCGUUACAAACAGCUGACUCACGGUGCCGACUCCCCGGUCCAGCAGCCCAAAGUCCUGGCUCCUUUCUACUACCCGCUGGACGGCAUGAAGGCCUUCUUCACCAGACUGCUGAACGUGGAUCUGAGUCCCAACAUGAACCAGUACGUGGGUCUGUUAGAGCUGGUCUGUUCAUCGUGUCCCAGUCCCACCGCUGAGGUGCUGCAGGACGUCUCCGUGCUUUAUGCCAGACUCGCUCAGAAGUGUACGGUCGCAGCAUCAGGAGAGCACGAGAACGCAGCUCAGCCUACACUCAACCCCUCUUACUGCUCCACCCUGAAAGGUAUGGUGUCUGAUAAGAGGGUCUUCCCCACCAAAGAGAACACCUGGGUGAGUCUGGCCCGCAGACCGAUGAUCUCUGACAACAAGGAGCUGGAGAAAGUGUUUAAAGCUCACAGGCAGGUGUGUCUGCUCAACCUGCCGCCUGCAGAGAAGAAGAACGCUCCGAGGAGGACGGGGAACUCUGCAGCAGAUCGAGCUAACUGUGAACCGGCCUUCAGCGAGAAGGAGCGCUCUCUGUUCCUGGAGAUCUGUGGGAUCAGACAGCUGUCUGACUGUGUGAGGUCUGAGCCUCAGACUGAGAGCCUGAGACCCUGCCCCGAAAUGCAGGACAUGGUGCGCUCUAUGGUCCCCUACAUCCAAAGGUUCCUGUUCCACCACGACGAGUUGACUGAGGUUUACACUGAGCUGACUGACAACGGCAUCACAGAGAGGAUCAGGAAGCUGCAGUUCAGAAAGGUGGGGAAGCUGUACAUCCGCUACCAGCUGGACAUAGCAGAGAGCGAGGAGGUGCCGCCAGAGCUGCAGGACGUCAUCUGUCUGCUGAAGGACCAGAAGGAACUCUACAUCCAGAAAGACCACCUGUCUGCCAAGCUGGAGGUCUGCAGGGAGCUGGUGAAACUGUUCUGCACUGAGAUCGGACACAGGAAGGAGCUGAUGCGUUUCCUGAGUGGUCUGAUUACCUCGAUCAAUGACCUGGACCCCAGAUCUCUGCAGAGAUACCUGCAGAAGGAGGACAUCAGAGAGCUGCCCGCUGAGGAGGAGCUGUGGGAGGUCCCAGAGCCACCCAAACCUGAGGUGAACCUGGACAGAGUUCUAUCGAGGAGUAAACCCUCCGUCAGCUCCCAGGAGGUGCAGGCUCGUCCUGCACAGGAGGACGGGGAGGAGACUCUGGUGUGCUGGCCUCCUCGAGCUUCCAUUCAGUACACAGGAGGCAGCCGCACAGCUCCUGCAGACGGAGGAGGUGUGGUGGAGGCCGUCAUGAAGAUGUGGCCUCCUCCUGCAGCGCCUAACGAUAGAGACCCAGAGAGAGACGGCAUCCCCCGAGGAGGCAGCAACAUCACCUCCCAGAGUCCAGGCAGCUGUGAAGGGAUCCAGCCAAUCAGGAGCAGCAGACCUGCAGAUCAGCCCAGCCCACAGAAAGUCCUGGUCCAUCCAGACCCAGGUCCAGGACAACAGAACACUGCACAAAGCCCAGAGAGCCGUCUGCAGAGAGAGACUGAAGGAGCAGAACGUGACCUCAGACCAGCCCAGACUCCUCCCUCUGCACCUCCUGCUGAGUCAGCAGCCAGCGAGACGCCUGCAGCUAACAGCCUGCCCGCCCCCGAUGCCGUGCUCCUCCACUCUGUGUUUCAGGGGGCUGCAGCCUCUGCAGAGUCUCAGCGCCCACCCCUGAACCUGGACUUCCCCAUGUUGAGCUCUAAGACGGUGCUGGAGGACAUGGAGCUCAGCUGCCAGAGACCGAACACGGUGGUGCUAUCAGACGAUCACACAGACUACACCGCCAUUGGGGAGUGGGGGGAGCAGCUGGUGAACUCCUUCCUGUGUCACUGGAGGGACAGUGGCGACCCGGGGAGCCCCACCCACGUCCUGUGGUGCAACCAGAGCGGAGAGAGCGGCCAGCCGUACGACUUCAGGCUGACGUUCGGCCCCGCAGAGGGUCAGCGGGUGGUGUACGUGGAGGUGAAGUCCACCAUAAAGAAGGACAGGUCGUUCAUUCACCUGUCGGCCAAUGAGCUCGACUUCGCCCUGAAGGAGAGAGAGAGAUAUCACAUCUUCAGAGUGUACAGCGCCGGAGACUCGCACAGCGUCCGUCUGUGUCGCAUCCAGAAUCUCGCUCAGCACCUGCACACCAAGGAGCUCUCCCUCUACCUGUUUGUAUGAACACCUGCUCGCCGUGUGUCUGUGUGUGUGUCUGGCUGUGUCUGAGUGUGUGUGUGAACACAUUUUGUGUGUUGUUUGAACCUUCUUUCCUGCACUGACUCGAGUUCUUUAUUUAUUGGAAGUUGUUUUAAAACUUGUCGUCCAUUCCUUCUUCUCUUCAUGACGAACUGUUGCACAUUCCUGUUUUGAUUUUUAGCGUUUUAUUGCCAACAAACGGCUCGCUGUGUUUUUUAUAAAGUCUCCGUGUUUGAAAUGAUCCAGCAGACAAAUGAAUGUUUUUAACCUUAUUUUUUAUUGCUCUUUUUCUCUUCUGACAUUCCUGUGGAAUAAAACAGUUUUGCGUCAGCUGACUGACUCAGGAUCA